AAAACAUGUACGUUAAAAAGAAAAAUUAAAAAUGUUUAAAUUUAGUUAAUUAAUGUAAAUUUUUAAAAAAAUAAAAAGCACAAAAUGACAAGUACAAAUGACUCAGAAAGAGAAAAACGUAUUCGUAUUGUGCCCUUGAGAACAAUGUUUGAAGCUUUUUGUCAAGCUCAUCCAAUUGCUGAUAUUAUUGAUAUUUAUCUACUUGCAUUUUCACAAUUAAAUAAAUGGUUUUUAUCAGCAAAAGUUAUUGAUAUGUCACGUGUUACAACAACCGAUGCAUUUUUAUGUUUUUUUCAAUUUCAAAAAAGUGCUAUUGAUUAUGAUGAAUUUUUAAUAUUUCUUGAUGAUUUAACUGAUAUUAAAAAACUUGAUUUAGAUGAGGUUAAAUUUAAAUUACAAACAUGUGUUAAACCAACGAGCAAUGAAAAUAUUGGACCAAAAAAAUAAAAGUAUUAUCAUAAUGAUUUCCUUUCACCAAAAUGAUUAAUAAAUUAUCAAGUAAUUUGAUUUGUUAAUAAAUAAAUUGAAUCGUCAAUAUGCCAAGAAUAUAAUUAUGUUGACAUUAAAAUUGUAUUUCGAAAAAAUAAAUUUGAAAAUAAUAAACUAAUUGAAAAUAUA